AGAGCAUGUAAAGAUUAAGCAUGAGAUCCCCUCGACACUAACUGCAUACUUAUGCUUGUCAUCCAUUAAUGCAUAGACUUAUUUAUCACAUUCGUGUACCACACGGGCCCAACGACUAGCCCGGUGACAAAGGGGCGAGUAGGGUGAAGAGCAUUAUUAUUGGCAGCUGUUGUGGUCUGAGUUAUAUUCUGGUUUGGUCGUCCGUCGUGCCUUAGCAUCAUCUGAGUCGGUGCUAAAUUGGUUAGCAGAAGAGUUGAAGGGUCAGUAGAAGUGGACCUGAGUGAUGGUUGUAUUUAGGGAAUUAGAGUAGGACACUGAUGGCGGUCAGGAUGAGAAGACAAACGACACCAAACUAUGGAUGAUGAAGCUUUGGCGGCUCAAUACCCUCCAUAAGGUUGUGCACCAGCGUUUCUAUCGGCUAUUAAAAUCCUUUCCUCCAUUUUCUCAACUUGUUUACGCUGCCAAAUUUAUCCAAACCAACGCUAUAUUUUGCAGAGAAAAAACCCAAGCUAUCUUAAGCUUGAUAGAGAAAGGUCACUUCACCCCGACGUCCAACGUGUACUCUAAGCUCUUAGUAGAAUGCAGUUCCUCCAAGUCUCUCAAACAAGGAAUGCAAAUUCAUGCCCACAUAAUCAAAUCUGGGUUUUCGGAAGACACCGCACUUCGCAAUCAUUUGAUCAAUUUAUAUUCAAAACGUCAGAUUUUUUGUUUCGCUCGCAACCUGAUUGACGAAAUUCCUGAACCGGAUUUGGUUUCUUGGUCUGCUCUUAUAUCUGGGUAUGCCCAGAAUGGGUUCGGCAAAGAAGCGUUGUCAGCUUUCAUUGAGAUGCACUCAUCGGGUGUUAAGUGCAAUGAAUUCACAUUUCCGAGUGUUCUCAAAGCAUGCUCGAUCACAAAGGAUUUGAAGGGAGGGAAGCAGAUUCAUGGGAUUGUGGUUGUCACUGGCUACGAGUCCGAUGUAUUUGUUGCCAAUACUUUGGUUGUAAUGUAUGCCAAAUGCGGAGAGCUCGAGGAUUGUAAGAGACUGUUUGAUGAGAUUCCUGAGCGGAAUGUCAUUUCUUGGAAUGCCUUGUUUUCUGGUUAUGUACAGAAUGAUUGCUAUGGAGAAGCAGUUGAUCAAUUUAAGGAAAUGGUUGCAGAAGGAACUAAACCUAAUGAGUUUAGUUUGUCAAGUAUCUUGAAUGCGUGCACAGGAUCAGAGGAUUAUAGUCAAGGAAAGAGAGUUCAUGGGUAUUUAGUAAAGCUUGGGUAUGAUUCGGAUCUAUACUCAAACAAUGCACUUGUGGACAUGUAUUCGAAACUAGGAGAUUUUGAGGCUUCUAUGGCAAUUUUUCAGAAUAUUGCCCUACCAGAUAUUGUUUCUUGGAAUGCUGCUAUUGCUGGUUGUGUUCUUCAUGGAUGUCAUGAUUGGGCGUUGGAAUUACUGGGACAGAUGAAAGAUGCAGGGACUUUUCCAAAUAAGUUCACUUUGUCAAGCAUUCUUAAAGCCUGUGCUGGAAUUGGAAUGAAAGAAUUGGGCAAGCAAGUACACUCUAAUUUGAUCAAAAUGGAUACUGAGUCUGAUACAUUUGUGAGUGUUGGCCUCAUCGAUAUGUAUUCAAAGUGCACUUUAGUGCAUGACGCCAGGAUGGUGUUUGAUUUGAUGCCAGAGCAUGAUGUAAUCUCAUGGAAUGCUAUUAUAUCAGGGUAUUCACAGAAUGGGGAGGACAAAGAAGCUAUCUCUCUCUUUAUAGAUAUGCUAAAAGAAGGAUUUGGCUUCAACCGGACCACUUUAUCUGUUAUCCUCAAAUCCACUGCUGUCUUGCAAGCCAGUGAAGUGGUUAAACAAGUCCAUGCACUUGCUAUGAAAGCAGGAUUUGAAUAUGAUAGUUAUGUUGUAAACAGCCUUAUUGAUUCUUAUGGAAAAUGUAGCCACAUAGAAGAUGCAACAAGAAUUUUCGAGGAAUGCCCUUUUGGAGAUGUAGCCUCUUUCACAUCUAUGAUCACAGCUUAUUCUCAAUAUGGGCAAGGUGAGGAAGCCCUGAAGUUGUUUCUGAAGAUGCUGGAUAUGGGGCUUAGGCCUGAUGGUUUUGUGUGCAGUAGCCUCCUCAAUGCUUGUGCAAAUCUCUCUGCAUAUGAACAAGGGAAACAAAUACAUGUCCACAUCUUGAAGUCUGGAUUUAUAUCAGAUGUAUUUGCAGGAAAUGCACUUGUUAACAUGUACGCUAAGUGUGGAAGCGUAGAUGAUGCUGACCGUGCUUUCUUGGAGAUACCAGAGAGGGGGAUAGUCUCAUGGUCUGCGAUGAUUGGGGGACUUGCUCAACAUGGGCAGGGGAGAGAGGCAUUAAGUUUGUUCCAUCAGAUGCUUGAGGAGGGUGUAUUCCCAAACCAUAUAACUCUAGUUAGUGUUCUUUGUGCCUGUAAUCAUGCAGGCCUCAUUGCUGAAGCCAAACAGUAUUUUGAAUCAAUGGAUAAGCAAUUUGGCAUUGAACCCAUGCAAGAACAUUAUGCUUGCAUGGUAGAUCUCCUUGGUCGUGCAGGGAGACUAGAUGAGGCAGUUGAGCUUGUAAACAAGAUGCCCUUUGAAGCCAAUGCCUCUGUAUGGGGUGCUCUUCUUGGUGCUUCUAGGAUCCAUGGGAACCUUGAACUUGGUAGACAUGCUGCUGAAAUGCUCUUUACUCUUGAACCAGAGAAAUCAGGAACCCAUGUUCUUCUUGCAAACAUGUAUGCAUCAGUGGGCAUGUGGGAAAAUGUUGCAAAGGUGAGAAGGCUGAUGAAGGAUAGCAAAGUGAAAAAGGAGCCUGGGAUGAGUUGGAUUGAAGUGAAAGACAAAGUACAUGCUUUUAUUGUUGGGGAUAGAAGUCAUUCCAGAACUGCAGAAAUAUAUGCAAAACUUGAUGAAUUGAGUGAACUGAUGUGUAAAGCUGGAUAUGUGCCUAUGAUAGAGAUUGACCUUCAUGAUGUAGACCGAAGUGAGAAGGAGCGGUUACUCUUCCACCACAGUGAGAAGCUUGCAGUGGCUUUUGGGCUGAUUGCUACUCCAGAGGGGGCUCCCAUUAGGGUGAAGAAGAACCUUCGUGUAUGUGUGGAUUGCCAUACUGCAUUCAAGUUCAUUUGUAAGAUUGUUUCAAGAGAGAUCAUUGUCAGAGACAUUAAUCGAUUCCACCACUUCAGAGACGGAUCAUGUUCUUGUGGGGAUUAUUGGUGAUGCUAUAGCAGAACAUUUGCUUUUGUUACACCUAAAAUACAAAACCUCAAAAUACGCUUCAUUGCAAAAGAAUGGGAUCCACACAAGUGUAAUGGCUUGAAAUGCUUUAUGCUAUUCUUUUUUUUUUUUUUUUUUAAUUUGAGUUAGUAAACUAAAUUAGAUUUUAUUUGUGAUUAAAGGAUAUAAAUUAACUUUUUCAUUUCUAUUAGGAAACAAGACAGUUUUAGAUCUAUAAAUUAGAAAAAUGGUUUUAAUUUUAAUUAGGAAACAACAUGGUAUUCUCCUUCCUUUUAAAGUAGAAUGCAUUUUUGGUCAUCCAUGAAUCUGGUGAGGACUAUAAAUUCCAAAUAUUUCACACUUACCAGAUGGCUGUCACCUGGGUUAGUUGUAAGGGUUUUGUGGUUAACAUGAUUCUCUAAACAUAGGGCUUCUUGUUUUCAAGGUUAG